AUGCCGUCAACAACCCAUUCGUUUGGUGAUGUUGAAUAUUGGGACAAUCGCUUCACCAAAGAAGAACAAUUUGACUGGUUGGCUGAUUUCGCACUUCUCGAAUCCUGGUUGAAGAAGGCCAUCGCUGAGAGCUCUGGCCAUGAUGACAGCCCCCAAAUAUUGCACAUCGGAUGUGGAUCUUCAGCGUUGUCGACACAACUCAAGAAACUGGUCGUUUCACCGAGGCAGAUUUACAAUGUGGAUUACUCGUCCGUGGUCAUAGAACGCAAUCGCCAGCGCGAAGUCGAGUUGCUGGGCCCUUCGUCUGCGACUGAACCUAGUCAUUGGUCGACACUGGACCUCCUGUCAGCAUCGCAGAUCUUGGACUUUGGAUCCUCAGGAGAUAGAUACGAUGUUAUUAUCGACAAGUCCACGUCCGACGCUAUAACUUGCGCCGAAGAUGUAACGAUCGAGCUACCAUAUCAGAUAGGCAAUAUCUGCGCGGCCCAAUUCACCUCUUCGACGACGAUAGAAACUGUGUUCCCUCCAGAUAUACUAGCCGUACACCUCGCGUACCUUGCGAACCCUGGUUGCCAAUGGAUUGUCUUGAGUUACUCGUCCUCACGCUUCUCGCAUUGGAGCGAUGAAGACAACAUAGAAGGAUUGCCGCAUCCGCGCGAGCUCUGGACAAUAGCAAGGCAUGAGAAGAUUGAGCAGCCGCCGAAUCCUGAAGACACUGUUCACAGACCGCCUGUCAUGCACCAUCUGUAUGUUCUGCGCCGUACAGAUCUGCAGCUCUGGCGGACUGUCUAG